GAAGAAGAGGAGGUGGUCGUCCUGGCUGUUCGAGGCUCUGAUGUUCAACCGUUGCCGGACUCCUCCACCGUCCUCAGACCAUGGCCGAGCGCCGGAACCUGAACGUGUGGCGAGCCACGCACGUGCUCAUCUACGUCUGUUCCAUCGGCACGUCGCUGGGCGCGCUGCUGAGCUACCGCAACAUGAACUCGAGCCUGGAGACCACCACGGGCAAGUGCAUGCUCUACACGCAGCCCUGGGUCGAGCUGAACGUCAAGACGGGCAACUGCCGCAUCGACCUGGCUCGCACCGAGUGGGGCGGCGACGUGCUCUGCAACUUCGUGCUGUUCUCCAUGCUCGCCUCGUUCGUGUACGGCAUCGUCUCCGUCUGGUUCUUCAUCAUGUGCGCCUCCAGCCGAAACAUGCCCGAGGACGACAGCAUCGUGCACGUGUGGAAGAUAGUGCCGCCGGCCACGGCUCUGAGCACGGUACUCACGCUGCUCACGUUCAUCAUGGCCUGGCUGGUGACCAGUGGCGUGAACACCUUCUUCUACGAGCUCGAGCUGCGCGUGCUGAGGAAUUGCACCACUCGUGCCGGCGGACCUGCAGCCUGGGAAAACGACAGCGUGGCUACUCUCUACAACGAGAGGCUCACCACACAGAUCUUCGCGUGGCUCAUCGUGCUGUGCUGGGUGAUGGCCACCCUGUCGCUCGUCUGCCGCUGCAUGACGGCUGCCGACUUCGGCACUAACGGAGAGCCGCAGCCCACCCUGCAGCCCGGCGGCGAGGUGGUCACCUACCUGGGCGGGCUCGUGUCCUCGCUCUACCGGGCCGGCAGGCAGCCCGCGAUCACCGCGGCUCAUUUGGCCGCCAGGCCGCGUCCGACGCCGGAGCGCCGAGACGCUGUGUGACAACAGAUGGAGCGGCAAAAGUCUCGUUCUACACUUGCGCCAGCGCGUAGAAGAAGCUGCCAACUUUGUCCUUCUUGUAGCAUUAUCUACAUAUUCUCGAUUGUACAUUGUGAUUUCUGCUUUUUCCUGAACUAGGCGUAUUCGGUUGUCGUCGCGCAUGUUUUAUACAACGAUGCAUCAAUGUAAUUACAAGAAUGCUUGCUCACGACCACUCAGAUGGUGCCAUUGUAUAUUGCUGUGUAAGUUGGAGGUAAAAAAAAUGUUUUAUUGCUGCUGCCCCAGAAAGAAAACUGGAUAUUUUCCAGGUUAAAACGAAAAGCUGCUGCCGUGUACAGUAGCGCGCAGUAUGAGCUGCAGCGCAUUGACCACGGUUGAAGGGGCUCCAAGACUACGUGGUGCCGCUGAAAUACGAAGAAUUGGAGAACAGAAAAUUUUGGCCUAACCUAACUGACGAUGACGAUGAGUAAUGAGUUUAGCAUUGAAUCAAUAUAGAGACACAACGUACUGCCACUUUCGA